CCGUCGUCACUGGUGGUAACAGUAUGAAUGACGGCAUCCCGCUCAACUUCCCUUCGAACCCCUGCGCCACCGUAGAUAUCUGAUUUGAGGGCACCGAUGGGAAGGAGGGUUUAAUGUCGGGGGACAGUGAAGGGUCGGCCAUGGCAAGCGUGCGUGUGGUCAUGGUCCGCUCAGACGGUUUCCAAUGGAUAGUGAUCACUCAGAGGACCGCCUCAAACAUACUACGAAGUGCGUAGAACGUAGGGAUGGUGUCAGCGAAGGGACCACUUGAACCCUCUCUGCGGAGGCUUCGAAGACGGUGUGCUUGUGGUACAUAGCGCCGGCGAUCCAAUGAUUGCGCCUACAUUCCGUCUGAGGCGGAAACAGAGUCUCCGGUGUGAACGUCACGACGGCGACGGGCACCCUCUCAGACAGGGUUUGACCACGUUUGCUUUGGGCAACAAGAAUCGGAAGGAUUUGACGUUACGGCAUGACGUUAAGGAGUGCGCGAAUCCGGCAUGACGCAAAACAACCUGGCCCAGGCCGGUCCUUGAUACACGAAAGCGUUUGAAAGUGCAUCAUCACACGGGUGCACUCUGUCAACAGGCAUGAAACGGGGACGGAUGAAGACAAAGGUG